UGGGCUUUACUCCAAUCUAGCAUUGGCAUCUCAGCCAUGCACAUGCAACUGUUGAAGAACAACAUGGUCGUGAUCUUCGACCGCAUGGACAUGGGUCCUUCAAACCUCUCUCUCCCAAACAACGCCUGCAUUCAAAAACCGAGACAGCCACCGGACUGCACAGCUCACUCUAUAGUAUACGACGUCGCUUCGAACACCGUUCGUCCCCUCCUAGUCCAGACCGACACGUGGUGCUCUUCGGGCUCUUUGAUCCCCAACGGAACCCUAGUCCAAACGGGCGGGUACCACGAAGGCGACCGCGUGGUCCGCACGUUCACUCCCUGCGAUGACUCCUCCUGCGACUGGACCCAGCUCAGCGUGCCGCUCGGCGAACGCCGAUGGUACGCGUCGAACCAGCUCUUGCCCGACGGGCGCGUGAUCAUCGUCGGCGGCCGACGCGCCUACACGUACGAGUUUUUCCCGAAAACCAUGGCGGCAUCCGCCACCUUUUACAUGAGUUUCUUGAAGGAAACGUGCGACGGUUAUGGCAACGAGAACAACCUCUAUCCUUUUCUUCAUCUACUACCCGAUGGGAAUCUUUACGUUUUCGCUAACGAAAGGUCAAUCUUGUUUGACUACAAUCGCAACCGGGUGUUGAAGGAGUUCCCGGUCAUUCCCGGCGAGUUUAAACGGAAUUACCCCAGCACUGGCUCCUCCGUUUUGCUUCCGCUGAGAUUAAACGGAGACGUGUUACCGGAAGCGGAGGUCAUGAUAUGCGGCGGCGCGCCGUACGGUGCGUUUAACAACUCGAAUUACAAGCGGGUGUUCGUUCCCGCCUCCAACACUUGCGGGCGGAUGAAACUUACCGACCCGGACCCGAAGUGGGUCAUGGAGGUCAUGCCGAUGCCACGUGUCAUGUCCGACAUGGUGCUGUUACCCAACGGUGAGGUUCUCAUCGUCAAUGGCGCAAUGAACGGGACAGCUGGCUGGGAGGACGGGACGAACCCGGUUUUUAACCCGGUUCUGUACAAGUACUACCUACUCGACCCGGCCCGGAGAUUCGUGGUGCUCAACCCGUCGAAGAUUCCGAGAAUGUACCACUCCACAGCGAUACUGUUGCCAGAUGGCAGAGUAUUAGUGGGCGGGAGCAACCCACACGAGAAGUACAACUUCACAUCGUAUUACCCAACCGACUUGAGCUUGGAGGCUUAUUCGCCCUAUUACCUGAAGCCACGUGUCUCCGCCAUGCGGCCUUCGAUUCUGUCCGUGGAGACCAGCGACGGCACCGUUUUGUACAAGCAGGUAUUUGCCGUUACUUUUCAGUUGAAUCAGUACAAUCCCGGGAGCCAGAUCCUCGUGAGCCUCGUAACGCCGUCGUUUACUACUCACUCCUACAGUAUGAACCAAAGGUUGAUGUUUCUGGAGGUGAUUGAAGUGCAGCAACUGUCCACGUAUGAUUAUAAAGUGACAGCCCGUGGGCCACCCACUGCCACGGUGGCACCACCUGGGUACUACAUGCUUUUUGUUGUCCACGCUGGCAUUCCCAGCCAAGCCGUUUGGGUCAAGGUGGUUUAA